CGAGCUGUCGCCAGCAUCGAGUCUGUUGUGUAUUGUAUACUGUGAUUUACUCAUUCGCGUAUAGUUAUAAAAAAAAAGAAUUGAAAAAAUAGUUCGCAUAGGUAUCUAUUAUAUAUUUUGAUCGCGGUAUGCCAGCGUGUUUACUAUGGUUAACCUGUUUGACGGGUAGAAUAACGUUCAAAUGGUUAAUGUCACAAUUUUGCAUGGCCAUUGUAAGAUCAACAAAUUAAUAUACGUGUACUUAUAGUAGUUAAUAAUUAAAUCAGAUUGAUAGGCGUCAUUAUGAUAUAUAAGUACAAAUUUAAUUCGUUUUUUUGAGUAAGCGUGUUGGAAAAAAAUGACGUCUUUGUUUCAUUCUGUGCGCGUUUUGCCUAUAUUAAUGUCUUUCGCUCCUCUACGGCAAUGAAGAAACGUCGGAUCGUAGGAAAUGACUCGUGUGGUUUGGUUCGUUUUUUAAUACGGUUCUACACAAUUGCAUAUUAUGCUUACAUUAUAGACGAUAAUUUACCCAGGUAAAAUAUAUGACCUAUUUACAUGUAUUCGUGUUUACCAUGAUCCGACGUUUCUCUUGGAAGAGGAAAAAUUAUUCGGACGAACGAUGAAAUUCAAGUAAAAUUUAUUAAUUUUGUAUUCGUUUAAUAAUAUUAUGUUUCAUUGUCGUUUUUAAGGAAUAUAUAAUUUAUAAUGCAAUCGAAUCGUACUUAAAUAUAAUACCUAGACAUAUAAUAUAUUUUAACCUUUAAUAUAAUAUGUAUUAUAAAAUAAUAAAUAUCGCAUCACGCCUAACUAGAAUUACUAUCUAUACAUAUUAUUCAGUACCUACCUGCAUACGGAGCUUCUAUAGGCCCUGCUGUAUAAAUAAAACAAACAAUAUAUUUUAUUAUUUAUUACCUAUGUACAGGAUUAUUCACUAAGCGUGCUCUGCCCAUUUUUUAAAUUAAAUUUCGCAUAUAUUCACAAAUUUUUUUUUUGGAAUAUUUAUGUGUAAUUAAAACUGAUAUUUUCAAAUACUAAGAUUUUUCAUAACAUUUAUCCUGUAGUUAAAACCUAUAUUAAAAAUUGCAUAAAUAGAUAGAGAAUUACUUUAAAUACAUUUUGGGGUCAACAUUUUUAAAUUCCGUCAACCCGUUAACGAUAUAUUCCACUUUUAAGUUUAGGUAGAGGGAGAGUAUUGUUCGAAUCUAAGCAUUAAAAAAUAUUGAUUUUAACUACACUUAAAAAUUUCAAAAUAAGAACUUGAAUAUAUGCAAAAUUUAAUUAUUGCUUUUCAGUGUAAAUAUAGUCACUAUUUUAUAACAGUUUUAUACAAGUAUAUAUUGUUGAAUAAUACAUAUUCGUCCCAGCUCGCAUUUUAGUAGCUUAUAUUUUGUAAUUUUUUAAAAAUGUUACAAGUUCUAGCUGUAUCCAAUAACUUAAAUAGUAUAUAUACUAACCAACCUAUUAUGUUAUUAAAAUAUUAAAUAUUAAAGAAUUGAAUAUUAUUUUAUUUAGCUUAGGAAGAAAAUUACAGUCGUCAUAAAGCAAGGUACUUUGGAAGGGCUAUGUUACGAGACACGGUUAUUAAAGAAACCUUAUGCCAGGUUUCUCGGUAUACCAUAUGCCAAACCUCCUAUUGAUGAUUUAAGAUUUAAGGUGAGAAUUUAGUUAAAAUAUGCAAUGGCAAAAAUACGCAAUUCAGCAAAUGCGUACAAAAUACAAAGUACCGUAGUUUAUAAAUAUUUAGAUGAUAUAUUUUAAUAUUUAUAAAUUGUAAACAUUAAGGGGCUCUGUGCCAACUCGUUUUUUGGCUUAAAAAUUUGCCUUACGGUGAAAGCUCCCAUGCCUGUAGAAUGAUCCAAUUGACGAUUAAUUAUUACAAAUAUUUCUUUAUUUUUGGAAAGAAACCUUAAAGACAGUUAAGAAUUGAACCCCGUCUUAAAAUAUUUUAAUUUCAAAAUUUGUAAUAUAUCUGAAAAAAGUAAAUUUGAAACGUGUUUUUAUACCAUUAUUUAAUAUCAAAUAUAGAAACUCAGAGUUCAUUGCGGGCUGUUAUAUAUUGAUGUUUAUUAGUUAAAAAAGAAAAUAUGUUUUAGGUGUAAACAUUAAAGUGAUAAUGAGUUAUAUCUAUAUAUCUGUUAAUUCCAUAAAAAUCACUCCUUCCCCUAAACGGGUAUAGAACAGUAUAUACUCAUAUUAGAGAACAAAUCUUAUCAUCAAAGUGAUCAUUAAAAUGUUAUAAAUAAUUUUAAUUUUACAAAAUUGGGGAAAAUGUGAAAAACCGGCACCGCGCUCCUUAAGCAUAUAAUUUAUAUGACAAAAUACUUAAAAACAUUAAUUUCGUUUUAGCCUCCUGUCGAGCAUCCAGGAUGGCUUGGUACUUUGAGAGCUUUUUCGGAAAAAAACAAGUGUAUGCAGUACACAUUAAUGACAAACAAAAUUGUCGGAAGCGAAGAUUGUUUAUAUUUAAAUGUCUUUAUGCCACAGGUUGUAAACCGAAAAUUAUUGUCUAAAACGUAUAUCAUUGUUAAUUUUGUUGAUUAAAUUUUCCUAUUGUUUAUCAAUUACUGCAGGAGGAACCAAAAGAAAAAAAAGCUGUCAUGGUUUUUAUACACGGUGGAGCGUUUAAUUUUGGAUCUGGGUCAUUGGACGAGUAUUCUCCUCAUUAUUUGCUCGAUGAAAAUGUAAUUGUAGUCACAAUCAACUACCGCUUGAAUGUUCUAGGUGAUACAUAUUACAUAAUACCUAUUAGCCUUAAAGAUAAUAUUAUUAAAUUAAAAAUAAAAAUAUAAUUUUGAAUGAGAUUAAAUAAUAUGCAGAUAUGGUUCUUAGGAUUUCUGAACUUCGAUAUUGACGAUUGUCCCGGUAAUAUGGGACUAGAAGACCAAUUGCUCGCAUUAAAAUGGGUGAAAGCAAAUAUAUCCGAAUUUGGAGGCGAUCCUAAUAAUAUUACUAUUUUCGGAGAAAGUGCAGGAGCAGCAUCUGUUCACUGUCAUAUACUUUCUCCAUCAUCAAAAGGUUAGUUUUGUCAAUAAAAUAUAUUUAUUAUUGUAUAUUGCAUUACCGUAGUCAGCACAUAAUUUCGCGGAGAGGAAGGCACUUCAUUUUUUUAUCUAGUUUUUGUAAAGCUAGAAUACUUAUCACCUGUUAUUUUAUGAUUCCCUUAUUUCCUUAUCAUUUAUUAUUUAUACUCCCGUAUAAUUUUACAGCGUAAAGUUGAAACAAAGUUUGUAGUCUUGUAAGAUAAUAUAAUGAUAAUAUAUAACACAUCUAUUAACAUUUAUACAUAAUAAUAUAAAACAAUAUACUAUAUAAUACUUAUAAUAGUAUAUACUAUAUAGUAGGUAUCUACUUAAAGAAUUUACGUAAACUGCGCUACAGCAUUACCGAAAAAAAAAAACGAUUUCGGAUGGGGUCACGUGCCCCCAUGACCCCCUGGAUAUGACACUAAUAGAUACAGUAUUAUCUAUAAUCUAUACAACAGAAAAAUAAAAUAAAAUUUAAUUUAAUAUUCGUAGGUACAAUCCUCUAAAGUUGUAUAAGUAACAAAAUUGUAAAUUUGUAUAAAAAAAACCCGGACACUCUGGUAAAAAAAUAAUACAGGAAUAGUAAAAAUGAUAGGUACUUAUCAGAUUUGCUUCUGCGUUAUCAAUUUGAAUUUAAUUUGAAUUUAACGUAUCGAUAAAAAUUAUUAUGUGAAAUACAAUAAUUAUAAAUUUAUAAAUAUAAUGGAUACAUAUUGAAUUUUAAUAUAUUCAUAGGUACUUUUUUAAACUUAUAUGGCUAUUUUCUAAUUUUUAAUACAGAUUUAUGUAUAAAAUUACCUAUGAAUAUUAUAAUAGUGAUAUUAUUUAAUUACAGGAUUAUUUCAAAGAGCUAUCAUGCAAAGUGGAAGUAUGUUUAACACGUGGGCUUUAAAUCUAAAACAUAGAGAAGAAGCGUUUAAUUUUGCCAAAAAAUUGGGAUGUGAAGAAGAUGACCCUACAGAAAUAAUAAAAUAUUUAAAAAAUGUUUCAGCUGUUAAUUUGUUGGAAGCAUCAAAAUAUGAGGUAUGUGAUUUAACUGUGUUAAACAUAGCCAUAAAAUGAAGCAUUAAAGACAAAUUUAUUGUCAGUCUAUUAAUAUUGUACAUAUAUGUAUUCGAAUAAGAUGUUCGUAGGUUGUUAUCCAUAAUACCCGUAAUAAAUAUAUAUUAAUUUCAGAAAUACGAGUAGGACGUAAUAUCGUACUAUUCAUCCAAUUAUAGUAAUAAUUAAUUGAUAUUAACAUCAUCCGUAACUAUAAUAUUAUUAUCAUUAUAUGAAUAACUCAAUGUAAAUCAAUGCGUGCACACAUUAUUCAAGGUAAUACAAAAAAAAAAAACAAAUUAUAUUUUGUUUGAAAGUUUUUUUUAAGCCAUGGUCGGUGGGGAUGCCCUCGUUAAAAUAUAGGUUACAUAUCAUUAGGAAGCUGAUAAAGCUUUUAUUUUACCACGUACAGCUUGGGAGCAAUUAUACGUACAAAGUGAUCCAGUGUGGUGCAACUAGGAUAUAUUUUUAGGAGGGGUUAAAAAUGUCAAAAAGCUGAUACCUAUUGCUCACGAGUAUGCCAUUUUUACAAGUGGAAAGUUGACAAGGUAGGUACUUAUAAGUUAUAGGAUAUACAUGGUAAUUUGGUUUAUGGACUGCAUGUAAUUAUCAAUCAUUGUAAACAAAAACACGAUUGUUAGAGCAGUGCCAGCCCUAGGGGGGGAGGCAAGCGGUGCGGCCGCACCGGGUCCCGCACUUAUGUGGUGUCCCACAAAUUUUGUAUCACUUUAUCUUUAUAAUAUAAUCAUAAUAAUAUUGUCUCAAUAGUAAGCAAACUUCGACCCAUGUGCCAUGUGGCAUUGUGGUUUUCUUAGGGUUGUAAUUACACGGGUUGUAAUCGACGAAAAUCAAGAUGAUACCAAUUAUACACAUUGCAAAAUUCUGUACCGGACCCCGAAAUCUAUCGGGCCGUCACUGGUGAGAAGACUAGUAAUGUAGUAAGUACAUAAGAUGCAAAUAUGUAUAAUGUGUUCCGGAUUUGUAUAGCCCCCGAAUCAAAAGUGGGUAGUGGUUUCACCCCUAAAGAUUUGGAAACAAAAAAAUAUAACACAUAAUCUUAAUGCUUAUUUUAUAGAUAAAAUUACAAAUAAAAUUCUGAAAAAAAUUAAUACUCUUUAAUCUUAUUGAUAAUUGGUCAUUCUGUAUACAUAUUAUAUAAUGAUAACAAAAUUAUGACUUAUAUGCAGUAGAUUAUGAGACACAAGUAGAGGCAUAAGUCUGGUUUACACGAUACCUUCCGUGUAAACAAUAAAAAUACUGCGAAUGCGAAUGGAUGUGGCAUUAGUCAAUAUACAAUACUAUUAUUCCUGUUUUCAGCUAAUACAGUGGACGUUUAGUUUCCCAUUUAAAUGUUUAUAAUUUUAUAUUAUUAAACUUGAACUGUAUAGUAAACAAAUCAUGAAGUAUCUUUCUUUUGAUCACUUAAUAGACAUAGCAAUCUAAAAAUUAUACAUAGAAGUAUUUUACGUGACCGUCUUGUGUUAAGCAUUUCAAUUGGAUAUUUGGAUAUAUUUUUAAUUAGCCAUUCUACAAUAUGUCUGUGCUACAAAUUAAAAUGACGUAACAAAUCAGAUAUAAAAUGGCCGCGUUUAUAAUCAUAGUCAUUGUUGAUAUUGAUAAAUGAGUCGCGAAAUGGGGGCAUAGCAUACCCAUUAAUACAGUGCCUUAUUUGUUUGAGUGACUGGUUAAAAAUUUGCAAAUCAAGCUCUGCAACCUAAAAUUAACCGAUUUUGUUUGGCUUUCUAUAAAAAAAUGUAGUAAGGUUUACUCUACAUAUUAGAGUAGGUAAAUUAUUUAUUACACAUUUGAUAAUUUUGAUAAUUGAUAAUCACAUAAUGUAUGUUGUUUGUUUUAGGAUGAAAAUGAUUUUUUAAGGUAUAAGUUUCUUCCUACUAUUCAAUGCAAUACAGUUAGAAAUCCAUUUUUACCUACUCAUCCGGAGAAUUUAGUUGAAACGGCACCGUCAUUACCUGUUAUAAAUGGAGUUAACAAUAUGGAAGGGUUAAUAUCAUUGGCUGGUAAUAUAUUUUAUUUAUUUUUUCAAUUGUCAAAUGAAAUAUUGAAUUUCAUAAGAAGCGGGCAAAAAUGAAAAAAUUAUCAAUAUUAAAAUACCUCAUAGGUUGUACUAGAUAUUUAUUUUAUAAACACACAAUUUUAUAUGAAUACAUAAAGUUAAAAUAUAUUAAAAAAGUCAAUCACCUAAACAUAUAUAAUAUACCAUAUACAUAGGAAUUAUGAUUGUUUUUCCAUACAAUAUUAAUAAUACACAUUUAAGUUUAUUUAUUGACCUUACGGGAAUUGUUAAUCAUAUAAUGUCAAAGUUUCGUAAAUAGGUAAACUAUUGAAAAGAAUAAUAUAUUUAUGUGUAUUUUUAUUUUCAGGAUAUCGAAUGCCAAAAAUUAUUAAUCUUCAUAAACCUGAAGAAAUUAGGAAAUUUCUCGGACAUGAGUAUAGUGAAGAAGCUGUUAAUAAAGUAAAAACGUUUUAUUUCAAUGAACGGAACAUUGAAAACGAAAUAACCAAAUUAGAAAAUAUUUGUAAUGUGAGUAAAAUUAUCUAAAUUCGAUAUACUUAACAUAAACUUUUAAAUAGGUGUAGUAGAAUAAAUUGUGUCAUUUUUAUUUCCGAAUUAGCUGUACACUGAUAGAUAUUUCGUCAAAGACUUUCAUCGUAGUUUUAAUCAUCUUCUUAAACGAGGAGACGGCACGUCAGUUUAUUAUUAUGAAUUUAAAUUUGACGGAAAUAUCAAUGUUUGUAAAAACCUUAUCUUUUAUUCAAGACCAGAAUUACGGAAAUCGUUGAAAGGUAUGUAUGUAGUAUAUAAUAUAAUAUUAUUUUCAGUGGCGAGGUGAGGGUUUUUAUGUCGGGAAGAAGUUAAAAAAAAUGUUAACUAUAUUGACAUACCUUCGUGACCCUAGAUUUGUUCUUUUAAUAGACGAAAAUAAAAAUAACAUACUUUAUUUUUUACUUGACUACCGGCAAGCCAUUUAUACUAAAAUACCAAACGAAUUGAAAUGUUCGAACCAUUUUUCCGUCAGCAGUAGUUCAAUUUAAUAAUUUUUAUAUUUAAUUAUGUUUAAUGUUCUACUUUAUUUCUUAUGAGUAGUUUGUUAUUUCAUAACUUAAAAUGUCAUAAAUUAAAUUGUCAGGUAUAAUGACGAAUUUCGUAACAUAAUAAUAUAAGUAAUAUAAAAAAACUAACCAAUAACCACGAUAGUACAAUACCAAAUUUACGAUGACAUAACAAUGCAAUUACACGACGACGACGACUACAGAAAAAUAAAAUUAGCUGAUACUGUUGAUGUGUGCGUCACUGUUGUCGGUAGCUGGGAAGGUAGAAUACAUAAAGACAUUUAAUUUAUAGGUGCAAGCAACGAAAAACCAUUGCUAUCAAAAAACGAAUCUGAGCGAAGUUUGUUUAUACGUGAUUUGCAAGGACGUAAUAUUUAAAAUUUUCUUUAAAAUUUGAUCAUAAAACAAUUAUUACAAAAAAAAAAACUACUAAAUGACAGUCUAAAUUUUUUUGAUCACCAAGUACAAUAUUUAUAAUGAACAUCUUUUUAAAUUUUCAAGAUUUUCUUGUUGGUCAAACAAUGAUAUUCACGUAUUCACCUACCAAAUAAAAACUCGCAAAUAUACAAUGUCUAUAAAUAGUUCAAAAAUCGCUUAAAACUGUUUUUUUUAUCGGUUUUGCUUAGUUAUACAAAAACUACACGGAAAAUAAAAAAAAUGACUUUUAUAUUUACUAUCUAGAUUUAAAAUGCACCAAAAAAGUUGUAUUGAAUGUUUUUGGGUGACCCAUUACGUCGCACAUUUUUACUUUUAUUUCCAUUUUUCUUUGCCCGUAUCAGUAUAUUGAACGAAAAAAAAAAUAAAUAGAAAGUUUUCUAGUUUAUCAUAACAUUUUUUACCCGUGUUACCAUGAAUAAACUCGUACAGCUUAGAGAUUAAUCUAUAAUAAAUACGAUACAGUACAUGUAUAAUACUUAUAAAUAACCCAUUGUCUUAUACAAAAUUCUUAAAUUUGCAAUAAAAACAUUAAGAGUCACCUAUUGGGAUAAAAAUUAUCUUAUCUCUCAAGUUGGACAAAAAAAUACACAUUAUUACAAAAUUUCAUAAUAAUUGGUUCAGCAGUUUUGGAGAUUACCGCAAACAAACAUCGUGACACGAGAUUUUAGAUUCUGAGUGAAGAAGCUUAUGGUUUUACAAAGAUGUUUAUUUUUUUUUUAAUCUGUAAACAACUUUUCUACCAGAAGACUUGCUCGAAUUUCUAAGUGUAGCAACUUUUCUGAAAGGAAAUCGGUGUGGGGAGGUAAUUUAAGGAAGUCGUUUUAUGAUUUUUUGAGUAUUUUCCCAGCAAAUUUGGAAAACCAGGAUAAAACAUCGGAAACUGGGAAAACCGGUACAACAUUAAAUAAAUAUUUUUAAAGAAAAUAUAUAGAGCCUAUUUAAUUAUUUUACUAUAAUAUGUUAUAUAUAUAUUGUAGAAAAAGCAUCACUUUCAAAUAAAGUCCGCUCAGAAUCGAUUUUUCGUAAGCAACGGUUUAUUGUUACUUGUCUGUAUCUUACAGAUGACUGCACCCGUCUCCAUUAUCUUACCUUUUUACAUACAAAGAUAUAUAUAUAUAUAAUUAUGCGAUUCAAAUUUUAUUAAAUCUAUUAUUUAAAAAUUAUUUGUCUGUCUUCUAAAUGGGUAGACAGCGUUUCUUUUGUAGCCUCGCCGCUGAUUAUUUGUUUAUACAAUUUACAAAACAAUAAAAUAAUAAUGUCUAGGCGCAUGUCAUGCGGAUGAGUUAAAUUAUUUGUUUUAUGGAACACAUUUUGGAUUUGCGCCUAAAGAUAAUUCUCCGGAGAUGAGAAUGUGCAAAAUAAUGAGUACACUGUGGUCCAAUUUCGCAAAAACUGGGUAUGUGAAUAGAACGAAAUAACAAACUAUUUUUAACUUUGUUGUAUCCUUCUAUUUUAUUUUAUUUCUAACUAUUUUUAAACUUACUAAAAAAUAUUAGUAGUUUAUUAUUUGAAGUAUAGUUCAAAUAAUUUACUUUAAUUUAUAAUUCAAAUAAUUGUAUUAGAUGCAAAUUUUUAAUUUGUCUUGAGUUUUUAGGGACCCAAAUUCACCUUCGGGCCUAGAGUUUACAUGGACUAAUACGACUGAGGAUGUUCCCAAGUAUUUAUCGAUUGACGAAGAUAAUACAAGAAUGGUCGACGGUCUAUUAUACGGUUCUAGAGUGAAUUUUUGGGAAGAAUUAUCGAAGAGUUCUUCGGUAUAAGAAAAAUUAUUACAUAGCGGUCAUAUCUACUAUAGAUACCCAAGAUAUCUACUUAUGUACUAAACACGAAGCAAUAUGAUUUUAUCUAUCGAUAUUUUGUAAGCCGUACCAUAAUUUAGUGCAAUAUCCAAUAAGUAUUAAGUAAUUAAUACUUAUUAUUAAUAAGUAUUCACGUUGUUAGCGGUACCUAUUUCGUGUUCGUAUAUUGUAGUUUUAGUUAAUUUUCUUUAACGAGCAAAUUAAGAAAUUUAUAUUGCUGCAAAUUAUUAAGUAACUGUUAAUAAACACU